AUGUUUGAUGAUGAAUGCAAAGGUAAGGAUUCAUGGCCAGAAUUGGUUGGAGGGGAAGGAAAGGUGGCAGCAGCUACAAUUGAGAGAGAGAAUCCAUUGGUGAAUGCUUAUAUUGUAAUAGAUGGUUAUGAUAGUGUCAUCGAAAACUUCUGUUGUAAUAGGGUUUGGGUUUGGGUUGAUAAAGAACAUGGAAUUGUUAUUCAGACUCCAAUAAUUGGAUAG